AGGUAAACUGUGGGCUGACGUGCACGCUAAAGCAGACUUUGCACCUCCUCUCUGUGCCGACUGUAGUGUCAGACAGCUGAAGUCUUGGUAUGUGGUUCAGGCGGCUGGCGGCGGGUGCCUGCGCUCUCGGUGUCCUCGGAGCUGUCGCGCGCAAAUUCGUUCCUACAGCCUUGUUUGACUCCGCUCUUAGGAAAUCAUCUCUGGUGGAACAGACCGACAUGAAGGUAGAACUGCUGCCCGCGCUCACCGACAACUACAUGUACCUCCUCAUCGAUGAAGACACGAAGGAAGCAGCCAUAGUCGAUCCAGUAGAGCCUCAGAAAGUUGUAGAUGCAGUCAAAAAGCAUGGCGUGAAGCUCAAAACAGUCCUGACAACCCACCAUCACUGGGAUCAUGCAGGAGGUAAUGAGAAGCUGGUGAAGCUCAUGCCGGGACUGACCGUGUACGGCGGAGAUGACAGAGUGGGAGCUUUAACUCAGAAAGUCACACACUACAACACUUUCAAAGUGGGCUCUCUGAAUGUGAAGUGUCUGUCCACGCCGUGUCACACCAGAGGUCACAUCUGCUAUUUUGUAACAAAAGAAAACAGCACUGAACCACCAGCUGUGUUUACAGGCGAUACUCUGUUUGUGGCCGGCUGUGGGAAGUUUUUCGAGGGUACCGCUGAUGAGAUGUAUAAAGCCCUGAUCGAUGUUUUAGGCCGUCUUCCUCCAGAGACGCGUGUAUACUGCGGUCACGAGUACACCAUCAACAAUCUGAAGUUUGCACGGCAUGUUGAGCCAAAUAACGAGGCCAUCCAGAAAAAGUUAACAUGGGCUAAGGAUAAAUAUGAUAACGGAGAGCCAACCAUUCCCUCUACGGUGGCGGAUGAGUUCACAUUUAACCCCUUCAUGAGAGUGAGAGAGAAGUCAGUACAAGAGCAUGCUGGGACCAGUGACCCGAUCGAAGCCAUGAGAAGCAUCCGUAAGGAGAAGGACGCCUUUAGAGUCCCAAAGAAUUGAGCUUUGCGAUGGUCAUCCCCACUACGCUUACAUCUGCUCAUCACUUGACUAACAAUAGCAGGACAUGCAGAAACUCCAUUUAUAGCAAAAGCACAAUUAUUGAGCUGGUUGGUUAUUUCCAUGUCUUUUCUUUAAGGCAGCGUAUCGUCUUCAGUGCGCAAUACACAGGAUUGUUAACCUGUAAAACAAUGUUGUUUAAAACAUUGCUGCAAGCAAUAGAUCAAACAAAAACUAAUUCUUUACAAUGUUUUCAUGAAUAAAAGUCGAAUGUACUUGG